AAAGUCAUUCCAGUUGCGCAGACUGCUGGUGAAACAGUAGCGGACUGAAUCUUCGAUCUUCUUCUUGUGUACCUGACGACCAAGCACCACCCAAGAUGAUGAGGUUCCGGCUCAGCGUUCUGCUCCUGCUCCUUCAACUUGGCUGUCUGACCUUGGCAUUGGCCAGCAACAGGCUCUCCUGCGGGGACAUCACGGGCAGUUCCAUCUGCAAGGAUACCCAUCGCCGGCUAGAUAACUACGAUGAGCACAUGGUCUACAGACAAGCCUCGGAUGAGACAAAGAGAGGAGUACCUGUCGAGUCGAUAGCCCGCGAUGAUCGUGGGAACGAGAGGCGCGAGGAAACGAGGGUCAGGUUGGACUCAUCGCUGCGCCUUGAACCCCAUGAAGCUCGUGAGGAGCGAGUGGAGCGACGGGAAGUUCGGGAGGAGCGAACAGAGCCUCGUGAGGCUCGGGAGCAACGAGUAGAGCGACUUGAUACCCGUGAAGUACGAGAAGAGCGACGUGAUGCUCGUGAGAAUCGAGUAGAGCGCCGUGAAGCUCGUGAGGAACGAGUAGAUCGACGAGAUGCUCGUGAAGAACGAGAAGAGCGACUUGAUACCCGUGAAGUACGAGAAGAGCGACGUGAUGCUCGUGAGAAUCGAGUAGAGCGACGUGAAGCUCGUGAGGAACGAGUAGAUCGACGAGAUGCUCGUCAAGAACGAGAAGAGCGACUCGAUACCCGUGAGGAACGAGAAGAACGUCGUGAUGGUCGUCAGAAUGGAUUGGAGCGGCGUGAAGCUCGUGAGGAACGAGUAGAUCGACGUGAUGCUCGUGAGGGACGAGUAGAGCGACUGGAUACCCGUGACAAUCGAGUAGAGCAACGUGAUGCUCGAGAUGAGCGAGUAGAGCUACGUGAAACGCGAGAAGAACGCGCAGAGCGACUUGAUACCCGUGAGAGACAAGUAGAGCGACGUGAUGCUCGUGAGAAUCAAGUAGAGCGACGUGAUACUCGUAAUGAACGAGUAGAGCGACGUGAUGCCCGUGAGGCACGAGUUGAACGACGUGAUGCUCGAGAAGAGCGACUUGAAGAACGAGUAGACCGCCGAGAAUCUCGUGAGUCACGCAAUCAACCUCGUGAGGCUCGUGAGGAACAGGUAGAGCAACGUGAAGAGCGAGAAUUGAGCAGACGACAGGAGGAAUCUCGACGGGAAGCAGCCAACGAUAGGCGCGAGGAACGCCGUGAAGAGCGCGAUAUGUCCAGGCGUGAGGAACGCGAGAAUCGUCGUGACGACAGAGCUAACGUAGAUAGGGAACUCUCCAGACGCAUGGAACGAGAAUCUGAGCAGCGCAAUGAGCGAGAGAAUCUGCGACAAACAGACACCGAAAUUCGUGAGCGAGUGGAACAAUCAGAAGAACGCCGAGCUGUGCCAGACUCCUCCAGACGCGAAGAGCGAGUGAAUCGGAUGCGAUUUGAAGUUCAACGAGUGGAUGAAGUCAGGGAACAGCGAGACUCUUCUCGGCGAAGCGAAGAUCUCCGUCGGGAUGAACGAGACUCUGCUAGGCGUGAGGAUCGAGAGGAAAACCGCAGGGAGCAGCGCCUCGACAACCAAAACCAGCGACGAGAGCAACAAGAAGACCUUCGCAGAGAAGAGCGUGAAUCCUCCCGUCGAUUGGAACGCAAUGAGCGACAAAAUGUUCGUCAUGUAGAACGAAGGGUUGAACUUGAAGGAGCCAGGCGAACGGAAAGGCGCAGCGAAGAACGGCGAGAAGAAAGGGAAAUGCUCCCAGGGGACGAACGCAUCUCAGCCAGACGAGAACAUCGUGAAGCUCGCGAUGGAAGAAUGGAACAACGGGCAGAGCGGGAUAACCUUAGGAGAGAAGACCGCGAGAAUUCCCGAAGAGUGGAUGAAGUUCAACGACGAGAGGAUCGAGAGCAGCGAGAAGAAGAAGCCACUCGUCGAGAGGAGCACACUAAUCUUCGAAGAGAAGAGCGAGAAGAGGAUCGCCGAGUGGAACUUGUAGCUUUCCGAAGACAUGAAGUAGUAUCUCAACAAAGGGAGGAUCUUCGUAGGGAAAGAAACGAAAAUCAAAGCGAAAAUCUUCGCCGAGAAACGCGUGUUAAUCUGCGAAGAGAAGAUCGAGAAGUUGACCGGCGUGAGGGACUCGAAGAUUUUCAGCGAAUCGAUCGCGAGCUUUCCAGACGAGAUAUUCGUGAGCCCUUGGAGGAGCGUGUACUUCUUGCCACCCAGGUGAAGACCAAGGGCUGGUUGAGCUAUGGAAAACGAGAACUACUGAUGACCGGACAGAUCCUCCUCCUGGCCGCUCUCUACAAGAAAUCCACGUCCAGUGGCAAGGGACUUGGCCAUGCUUUGAGUGAACAGAUUCAAGGCUACCUGCAGGCCAUUGGCUGCUAGGCUGUACAAAUGGAAAUGGAGAAAUGGAGCCCCCCUUCCCGAAAUUGAAAGCCCCUUGGAAAAGCAAAUGGAUAUGGAUCAAGGCAAAACGGCCUCACUACCCCCGGAAAAUGCAAAAGGACCCGAACGAGCGAGCGACAAACAGAAGGAUGGGAUGGGAUGCACUGUCGGAGCAUUGUACAAUUUAAUCCAACUGUUACUGUAACCAAAAAACCCGAACCCCUAACCACCCACUGUUAUAGCCAGCAAGAGCAUAACGAAAAUAUAUGAUGGGAUGCUCGAGUAACCGAGCAUCUGCAAACUGCAUUGCAA